CCUAAAAGGAUUUGAGUCCUGUCGCUUCUUUCAGAAGUUAUGGAAUUUUUUCUCGCUUUUCCUAAGAGAAUAAAUUACGAGUUCAAAUUUUUUCUAUGGCUCUUCUAUAUGUCUUUGAUAUUCAUCGUCGUAUUAGUAUAGCCAGAUAUUCAUUUCUCUUCUCUUAUUCAACACCAUUCGUACUGGCCUCUACCAACACCUUUUCUUUUCGAGUUUUGUGAUAUCAGAUUGGUCAGUUGUUGUUGUUUUUUCGAUACUCUCCUUAUCCUGUUGGAUUAAGCUAUUUUAUUUGAUGGAGAAGCAUUUUACUUUUUCCCUACCAUCAAAAGCGAGACAUGCCCCAUUAGAUAGAGAAACAUGAUCGAUACAAUGUAAUCAAGGAAAAAGAGCCAAACAAUAAUAUAUAAACGUCCAGGCACACACAGAAAGAAAGAAAAAUGUCUGUUUAGCGAGAACGAAAAUGACAGGGAGAGAGAGAACAAAAGAACACGUUAUUCUUCGUCUCUUUUUGUUGUACAAUAUAUAGUCUAUUACUGCAAGAUAUAUAAUACAUGAAAAAUCAUUUUUCGAAAGAGAUGCAUGUAGUAAAAGAAGGUCAAGCCUAAGGGUAGGAGCGUUUUUUAUUGUUGAGAUCUUCUUUAUAAGAAUUUUUCUUUGAGCGUGGAAUAACACAUACUUCAGUAGAUAAUGCUGAACUGUCUCCAUCUUUCCACACAAACCUGUUGUUGACAAUGAUUCUUUUGUAUAAAUCAGCUUUUAGAGCAGAAAACUUUGCGCGAAGCCUACUGUAUAACACGUGGAUGUCUCUCGGUAUAUUGUAUACCUGGAAAACAGAAAAAGAGCAUCGAUAAUGGAUGAAAAGAUUUUUUUUGAAAGCUAUAGUUGAAGUUUCAGAGUUUGAGGCUGCUCUGACUAAACCUGUACAGUAAAUGGAAAGAAAGAUGUCCACCGUCACCGAAUCGAGUGUGAAGUUUUUGAAAGUUGCGCGUCUCUACUUUGAAUGUAGGGAGUUGGAUAUGUAGGCGCUUCUCGUCUAAUUAUUUCGUCGACUAUAGUUACUUUGUGAAUAUCGUACAGUUUCUGUAUAUCAGGCCAGCCUGAUAUUUCUAAUAUCUCUCUACUAAAUAAGUGAUUGGCUCCAGAAACUAGAAGAGCAGCCUUAUGAUGUAACCGCAAUAUAGGCUAUACAGCCAGCUUUGUAGUGCGUGAGUAGUUCAGUAUUGGUAAAAUAUAUGAUUUGUAUAACUGAUCAAGAACGAGAGCGUAAAAUGUGUACUUAAACUUCAUCAUUAUACCUAAAAUAGAGUUUCACCUGGAAACAAUAUAAUUAAUAUGACGCUUCCAAGAUAAAAAUGAUGAAGUAAAGUAAGAUGGAAAGAAUACAGACAUUUAGUGGAAUUUCUUUUCCGUAGAUUUGCAGACCAUUCGAUAGAGAAUUUAACGGCGGUCACGAAUAUCACAAGCCCGCCUCCUCAAACCCUUUCCUCGCUCAGAUAAUCGCAAAAUACUGCUAAGGGCCCGAAAAACCCCAAAAAUGCCCGCUUUUAGAAAAAGCUAUGCAGUUUCGUCAAGAAACAUCGUAGAGCUUUGCGGUUUCGAUAUUCAGAUUUAGUGCUAAAAGCUAAAUCUGAAAAUGUACCUUCCAAAGCUCCCGGACCAAAAAUGGAUUUUUGGCGAAGCCCAAAACCAAGCCGUGUCGGGUUACACAUAUAAACUUUGCGAGGUUUUCACAGGUUUUUGGGAAAGUCGUAGGCCCAAUAUUUUGACAUGGCUAGAGGCGCCAGGCUGCGAGCUUCAAAACAACAACGAGCUUUUUCCGAAAUUCCUUUUCCUCGCUAAGUAAAAUCGACUUUACUGGGAAAAAUCAAAAUUCUGAUCAGAAUUCGCAAUUUUCUCCAUCAGAACUCAACUUUCACGCAGUGAAAAUAUCAUAUUCGGAAUCAGCGUCGAAAGUCGAAUCGAGUGAUAUAUAUUUCAAAUUUUUUCGUUCAUUUACAUUUUUUGAUGAAAAUAUCAGUAAUUCUUCGACGGUAAAAUUCAAAAAAAUUUGAAGUGAUCGAAUAAGAUAAAAAACUACAUCAUUCGACUCGAUUUUCGGCGCUGAUUCUGAAUAUGAUAUUUUCACUGCGUGAAAGUUGAGUUUUGAUGGAGAAAACUGCGAAUUCGGAUCAGAAUUUUGAUUUUUCCCAGUAAAGUCGAUUUUACUUAGCGCGGAAAAGGAGUUUCGGAAAAAGCUCGUUGUUGUUUCGAAGCUCGCAGGCUGGCGCAUCUAGCCUAGGCAUGAGCGGUAAUGGUAAUUUACCGUCGGUACCGGUAAAAUAUUUUUUCAUUUCGUAGGAUACAAAUAAAAUCGCUAGAACGAGAGGAAUCAAGUAAUACUUCAAUAAAAAAACAAAAUGAUUAGAUGAUAUGCCUGAGAAAAGGUAAAUUUCUAUAUAGUUAUAACUCACACACACAUACACAUACAAUAUUACGUUGACUAUUGUUUCUAAUUGAAAAGUGUAUCUAACUAAUAGUGGAAUAUGUAUUUAAAUUUAGAAGAAAAACACUUGUGCUAUUAGAUAAAUAUUGAUCAUCGUUUCCCUUUACAUCAUUCUUCAUGUUUGAGCCUUUUUAUAGGUGCACACGGUGUUGGAAGACAUAAUAUUAAAAAUAAAUUAAUAACUGUUCAACUAAAAAGAUUUGUUUAUCCAAUAUCUCGUAAGUUAAUAUACGUAGGUGUGCUAGUCAACUAGACUUUAUGUUGUCUUUUUUAAAAAACGGUUCCUUUUGUCAUUAGCUGCAAAUUGAACUAGGGAAAGAGUCUAGAAAAUUUUAUAUUGUAUGAAAAUCUGAGAAAGUGUGUUAUUUUACUUCUUAGAGUUAUCUUAAGUCAUUAUUUAAAUAUUUUUUGCUUUGUAGGAAUGUUGUUGGUCGUGCUCUUUCUUUCUUUUUUUUUCUUUUCUAUUUUACUGAUAUAGAUACAACCCGUUUACCAAAAAAAGAUGAAGAAAAUGGAAAAAAAUUAUUAUUUUGUUAUUCAUGAAGAAAUGAUGUGCGAUACAGCUAAUAAUGAAUAUUUGGAGUAUGGAACACAUGAAGAUGCUGUAUACAGAACAAAAUUAGAAACAAUUAAAAAUAUACAUAGACAAGGGUUAAUAUUAAUUUUGGCUAUUCUCGAUGUAGAACCACAGGCUCUCAAAGUGUUAAGAACGGCGGAGUUUGCACCAUUUGUCGUAUUUAUAACUGCACCAAAUCUUUCACAAAUCAAAGAUAUCAAAGGGGUUAAUGACAUUUUUGGCGUGGGUCAUGGAUAG